CACAAAUACAGACGACACAUCCACAUCAUCGGUAACUGGCUGAUACUUUUGGUAACUUCAAAAAGCUCUUUCGAUCUAUUUUUUUUUUGCAAGCUGUGUUCAUGUAGCAUCGGAAAGAUGUUGUACAAAGCAGUUAUUCUCAUUGGAGGGCCACAGAAAGGCACCCGUUUUCGGCCUUUGUCACUGGAAUUUCCAAAGCCGCUGUUUCCAAUCGCUGGUUUUCCCAUCAUUCAUCAUCACAUCGAAGCUUGUAGUAAGGUGAAAGAUCUGCUGGAGAUAUUAGUGAUUGGAUUCUACCAGCCGAGUGAAGCGCUUAACCGUUUCCUAACGGCAUCACAGAGAGAGUUCAAUGUCAACAUUAGAUAUCUACAGGAGUACACGUCUCUUGGGACGGCCGGGGGAUUGUACCAUUUCAGAGAUCAAAUUCUAAGUGGCCAGCCUCAAGGAUUCUUUGUCUUCAAUGGUGAUCUGUGCUGCAAGUUUCCACUGGUUGAAAUGCUUGAGUUCCACAAGCUGAAGGGCAAUGGGAAACAUUUCACCCUGCUAGCAACAGAGGCAACCAAGAAACAGUCUCUGAACUAUGGAUGUCUUGUGAUGGACUCGGACACAAAUGAGGUGCUGCACUAUGUUGAGAAACCCCAGACCUUUGUCAGUAGCAUCAUCAACUGUGGUCUUUAUCUCUUCACGCCGGAGAUCUUUGAACACAUCUCAACUGUCUUCAAAGAGAACCAAUCGAUGAUCAUGAGUGAUGAUCCUUUCUCCAGCAACAAGGACAUCAUUCGCCUGGAGCAAGACAUUUUCUCCCCGUUGGCCGGCACCGGGAAGCUGUUUGUUUACAACUGUGAAGAUUUGGUAUGGAGUCAAAUCAAGUCUGCUGGGUCAGCCAUCCAUGCCAACCGUCUCUACUUAGGACUGUACCAUGACACUCAUCCCGACAGAUUGGCUCAAAACAACGACAAUGGGCCUCGUGUCUUUGGAGAUGUGUUUAUCCAUCCCACUGCUCGUGUGGAUGCCACGGCUACGUUGGGUCCUAAUGUAACUAUUGGUGCUGCUGUCAUUAUUGGACCAGGGGUACGAGUCAGGGAAUCUAUAAUCCUGGAAGGCGCCAGUCUACAGGACCACUGUUGCAUACUGCACAGCAUAGUGGGAUGGAACAGCUCUGUGGGAGCAUGGUCAAGGGUCGAGGGGACGCCACAAGAUCCUAACCCCAACGACAAGUUUGCCAAAAUGGAAAGCGACAACUUGUUUGACGAGCAUGGCAAGCUAACACCAUCAAUCACAAUUCUAGGUUGCAAUGUGGCCAUACCUCCAGAGGUCAUCAUUCUUAAUUCCAUCGUGCUUCCUCACAAAGAGAUUGGCUAUAGCAUCAAGAAUCAGAUUCUUCUCUAACGCCCUCCAUUUUCAUCUUCUCAUCUGCAGCAAUGUGUCUAUUUCUGCGGAGGUGAUGAUCCAGAAUGCUAUCAUUCUCCCAGACAAAGAGAUCCGCGGAUCAUGCUGUGAUCAAAUUCUGCUUUAGAGGCUGUCAACAACUGAGCAACAAUCUUCAGGACAAGACUGCACGGCUGGUGUCCGAUAUUUGUUCACAAGCCUAGAAGUGUGACAUCAGAUGUCCCAAGCCUAGAAGUGUGACAUCAGAUGUCCCAGUGACAAUCAGAAACACACUUUGUCCCCCCUCCUAAUCAACAUUGAGUUGUUGGGAAAAAAGUAAUAAUUAUUAAAGCUCUUCUACUGUCUGACAUGCAAUAUCACCCACUGUGGAUGUGUUGAUGCUCCACUACCACAGCAACAAAAUGUUGUGGUAAGUGUGGCGACUACUAGUCUCUACAUUCCGACAACACUAUGUUCACUCCAAGUGGUCCAGUUUUGACAAGCACUAUUCUAUUUGAACUGUGGACUAGUGAAGAGCUCACGAACUAGUGAAAUGACAAGCUAACUGGUCCUGCUAAAUAAAAAGGUCAUGGGCCAACCCUGACAAGUGAAGUUGAAUAGCUUGAAUUUGUUGGUCAACUCACUGGAAAAUGUGUCAUUAGUAGGAGGGUUAGUUAAGACUUGGGGUGUAAGAUGACCCAAUAAAUGUACUCAAUGUACAUGUAUAGCUACAAAUGUUUUACUAUCAAGUAGAAACCGAAAUGUUUCAAACCACCCAAGUAAUUUUAUGAUGAAAUUGGUAUUUGUAUAAAAUUGUAAAAGAUAAUAAAUAUGCUUCUGGUACUUUACAACAGUAUCUCAAUUUGAAGAAAUCUAUAUUUUUAAUGUUCUUGUUUUGUAAUUGUAGGAUUAAGUUCUUUGAUACGAAUGCAGAAACAAAUACAAAUAUUCUGAUAAUGAACAAGGAAACAAGAAAAGGUUUUACAAAUCUGUAUCCCGUUUUUUUUGCUGUAUAAUACUUGAAUUUCAUUGCAGGCAUCAUUUUUAUACUUUAUGCAUGUAUGUAUUUGCACUUGUUUGUUUUGUAUCAGUACAAACAAUUUGUUGGAAGCUUUCGUUUAGUUGAGAAAAGUAUACAUGUACAUGGAUAAUUUAGUAAACUGUGGUCAACAUUUGCACGUCCAUAAUGUUGUAAUCCAAUCCAUAUUGAAUUGAGGCAGACCAACCAAAUUGAGGCAGUGUUGGAUGUUACAUGUCCAGACCUCUUUCAGAUACUAGUUCAUAAUACCCGUUUGGCAAGCGAGUAUUUAAGAGAACAACAGUGUACUGGUUGGCAACCAUAAUUUUUGGGUCUUGAAAAGAACACCGUAAUUAUUUUUCUCAGCAACGACUAUGCAUGAAGUGAGAAACUUGUUGUCGGCCAUUUUGAAAAAAAUUUCAAAUGAAAGUUGGUUUGCAUUUGGGAAAAAACGUAUUUUGGUUGUGUAAUUUUCUUACCAACCAAAAAUUUAAAAGAAAUCUGAUGCAUAGUGGCCCGAUGCAAUAGGUUUUCAUCAUGACCAAUAGCCAGCUUAAACAGUAUUGCAUGAAAUAGCAACCCCUUGCAGGUGAAGCAGAGACACCAAGUACCCAAGAUUUAGUUAUUUGCUCGUUCCAUCACCUUUUAAACGCAAGGUGCUGGGAUGGCUCCACGUGUGGAUACAGAUACAGAUGAUAUGACAACCGUAUCCGUUCACGUCAGUUGCGUGUUGGAUUUUGUUUCGCAAAAUAUGUGUCACAUGAGUGUGCCCGCAUUCAUCAUGAGGGUUUUUCUCGACAAGCAUGACCUAUAGAGAUCCUGUGUUUUAUACACAGCAUUUUCUCAUCGUUUUGCUUGCAAAUGACCUUGUUAUCUAUAUCAAGAAUGAUACCACCCCAGUGAAAGCAAUUCCGUGGGAAAUGUUUUUGAUCUGGGACAAAAACACAGCUAAAUGGCUGCAGUAUCCGUUUUUCUACGACAGGUAUGAGCUCCUGCAGUAGCCAAUGUGUAUGCAAAAUACAAUAGUGCCUGAUAUGCAUCACAUGAACACAAAGUGUCGCCAUAUCGGUUUCUGUAUCCGUUGACUUGCAAAACCUCUCUAUUGACCAAUUUCCCUGAUCUACAGACGACCCCUUCUUCCCGUUUUUGACCUCUAUCAAUGACAAAGUAGCUCUAGACUAUGGUGUAACAAAAGCAGGGACUUGUGGCCUAUCAUUUACAUGCACAAAUCAGUACAAUCAGUCUAUCGUGCAUCACUAUAUCCUGAACAUGCACGUCUACAGUCUUGGACAAGACCAGUGGAGCCAAGUUAGGACAUUUGUACUGAUGGCCAACGGGCCAAAUGACUUUCUGUGUGGCCAAUGCAGAAAAACAAAUUUGAAAUCUCAGACUUGCUAUCAAUUCUACUAGUACAUGUACAUUGUGAAAUUGAUUUAACAUUUUUGAGAAUUUUGUGUUGGCAUUACUUGUACCACACAUUCAAUGUUACAUAAUUUGAAAUAAUUGGGCAUGCGUUUUGUCAACUGGACAACUUCCUUUAUAACAUUUUUGUGAUCUUAAUAAAUUUGUAAAAACAAAUUUGCAAGCUUCCAUUGUCGUUUUGUACUCGUUUGUUGUGGAAUUUUUUGGAACAUUUGGGCGAAACUUCCAAAUUGGCAGUUAUGGCAUAAUCAACGAAUCACCACGUGUUAAAAUGAACAUUGCCUUUGGAUUUUGAGCUGUAAACAGUGUAAACAGUGUACAGUACAUUAUAAAAUGAAUUUGGAAAUCUUGUACAGUUUAAAACUUAUACACAUGCUCUACAAAGACUAGCACAAGACAACCUGGAAAUUGUGUGGCGUUCCUUAUAACAAACAUGACCUGCAGUU